AUGCCGAACCUGGACGACGACGACUUCGCCGAGGACAAGCCUUCGAACUUCGACCUCCUCACGCUCACCAACCUGGACAGCAACCUCACCAACCUCGCGCACAACUUCUCGUGGCUCCUCAACGCGUCCGAGAGCCUCAACAUCGACCUCAUCAAGAAGUUCCAGCGCAACAGGAGGGUGGACGACGAGGCCUACUACUCGCUCAUCGUCUGCUACAGCCUCCUCAUCAUCCUGGGCGCGACGGGGAACUCCCUGGUGGUGGUGGCCGUGAUCCGCAAGCCGGCCAUGCGGACCGCACGCAACGUCUUCAUCAUCAACCUGGCCAUCUCGGACCUCCUGCUGUGCCUCAUCACCAUGCCCCUGACGCUGGUCGAGCUCCUGUCGCAGUACUGGCCCCUCGGAGACCUGCCGUUCCUCUGCAAGCUGGUCGGGACGCUGCAGGCGACGUGCAUCUUCGUCUCGACGAUCUCCAUCACGGCCAUCGCGCUUGAUCGAUACCAGGUGAUCGUGUAUCCCACCAAGGACUCCCUGAAGACGGUGGGCGCCGUGCUGACGCUGCUCCUCAUCUGGAAGGUGUCCUUCAUCCUGGCGCUGCCCAACUUCAUCUGGCGGACCCUGAAGCACCACGUGGUCAACCUGCCCGACCUCUACUCCGUCAACUUCUGCUUCGAGGACUGGCCCAUGGAGCACGGCCGCGGCUACUACAGCGUCUUCGUCAUCGUGGUGCAGUACUGCCUCCCCAUCGUGACGGUGAGCGUGUCCUACGCCAUGAUCUGCCGCAAGCUGAGGUUCCGGCUGGAGAACAGCUCGGUGAGGAACUCCAAGAAGACGGAGCGGGAGGACAAGCGGAUGAAGAAGACCAACACGCUGCUCAUCUCCAUCGCCCUCAUCUUCUGCCUGUCGUGGCUGCCGCUCAACCUCUACAACCUCAUCGUGGACUUCUACAACCCCUUCGGCGACGACAUGGAGAAGCUGCUCAUCGUGUACGCCGUGUGCCACAUGAUGGGCAUGUCGUCCGCCUGCUCCAACCCGCUCAUGUACGGCUGGCUCAACGACAACUUCAGGAAGGAGUUCCUCGAGAUCUUCCGCCUCAUCUGCCCGCGAUGCUGCAAGGAGAAGCCGAAGGGGCAGCGGCAGCCCACCUCCUCCGCCCCGGGGAAGGUGGGCGCGAAGUCGCAGGCGCCCCUGCCCUCCCCCAGGGGCGGCGACGAGCGCCCGAUGGUCCUCUACACGAAGGCCAGCCAGGGGGAGGAAGCCAACGGGAACUGCGCGCCCAAGGAGGACGUCACGUACAUCACGCAGGUGGUCACCAACGCCACGUUAUAA